GGCAAGCUGGAGGGGGCGGGCCCAGAAGGCCGGCAGCGAGGAGGUUGUGGUAUCCUGCCGCGGAGCUAGCGAACGCCGGGACAGCGGCCGCAGGGCCUGGCAAAGAUCUGGCUCUCUUUCGGACGACUGUGGAUAUGUGCAAGGGGGCCACCCCUGAGUCCAGAUGACACUCGUGCCAAUGGCUUCAGUGAUGGCCGUGACUGAACCAAAAUGGGUCUCCAUGUGGGGCCGCUUCCUGUGGGUGAUGCUGCUGAGCCUGGCGCUGGGGUCCUUGCUGGCCCUGCUGCUGCCCCUGGAGGCCAUGGAGGAGCAGGGUCUGGCCUUGCUCAAAGGCUUCUACCUGCUCAGCGGCAGGUUGGACAGGGCACAGCACGCCGUCAGCAGAUAUGCCAGACCAUCCACAGAACUCAGUGUCACCUCCAAGGAUGCAGCACUGCUGGUGGUCAAGGCCAAGUCCUCCCCAGCCGGGAAGUUGGAAGCCAAAGCAGCUCUGAACCAAGCCCUGGAAAUGAAACGCCAAGGCAAGCGGAAAAAAGCCCACAAGCUCUUCUUGCACGCCCUGAAGAUGGACCCAGACUUUGUGGACGCCCUCAACGAGUUUGGCAUCUUCUCGGAAGAGGACAAGGACAUCAUCCAGGCAGAUUACUUGUACACCAGGGCGCUGACCAUCUCGCCCGACCACAAAAAAGCGCUGAUCAACCGGGACCGGACGCUGCCGCUGGUCGAGGAGAUCGACCAGAGGUACUUCAGCAUCAUCGACAGCAAAGUGAAGAAGGUCAUGUCCAUCCCCAAGGGCAACUCCGCGCUGCGAAGGGUCAUGGAGGAAACGUACUACCAUCACAUCUACCACACGGUGGCGAUCGAGGGCAACACCCUCACCCUCUCAGAAAUCAGGCACAUCCUGGAGACCCGCUACGCUGUGCCGGGGAAGAGCCUGGAGGAGCAGAACGAGGUCAUCGGCAUGCACGCAGCAAUGAAGUAUGUCAACACGACACUGGUCUCCCGCAUCGGGUCCGUCACCAUCAGCGACGUACUGGAGAUCCACAGGCGGGUGCUGGGUUACGUGGACCCCGUGGAAGCCGGCAGGUUUCGGACGACACAGGUCCUCGUGGGACACCACAUCCCUCCCCACCCCCAGGAGGUGGAGAAGCAGAUGAAAGAGUUCAUACAGUGGCUCAACUCCGAGGACGCCAUGAAUCUGCACCCAGUGGAGUUUGCAGCCUUGGCCCACUAUAAACUUGUGUACAUCCACCCUUUCAUCGACGGCAACGGAAGGACUUCGCGCCUGCUGAUGAACCUCAUCCUGAUGCAGGCGGGCUACCCCCCCAUCACCAUCCGCAAGGAGCAGAGAUCCGAGUACUACCACGUACUGGAAGUCGCCAACGAAGGCGACGUGAGGCCAUUCAUUCGCUUCAUUGCCAAGUGUACAGAGACCACCCUGGACACCCUGCUCUUUGCCACAACAGAGUACCCAGUGGCACUGCCCGAGGCCAAACCCAACCACUCUGGGUUCAAGGAGACACUACCUGUGAAACCUUAACCCUUAAAGCCUCCCUUAGUGACAGGGUUUCCAGGGGGAGAAAAACCAAAACCUAGCAUUUCUAGAAACCUUGUCGUUUCCCAAAGCAAAAGGAAACAGAUAAGGAACUUAAACAUUCUUUACCUCCAAUUUUUUUUUAAAGAAAAAAACUAAAUUAUUAAGACUUGUUUCUAGGAUAACUUAUAAUUCAGCCAACUUAUUUAUUUUCUUCUUUUGAGCUAGGAAAUGUUGUGUGGUGUCUGCCAUCCAUGCUGGUGGCCCAUGCUUACGGGGGUCCCAGCAGGCAUUGGGGGCACCCAUGUUCUUUGCACGUGACCAGAACAAGUUCUGGGGCAGAAUUUGCACGAAGGUGGGGAGAGGCCAAGACUGGGAUGAGAUCCAGACACACGGGACUAACUCCUCCAGGUCUUUCUCCAAGACUGGCCAACAGGUUCUGUGACUUGACCUGGUCCCAGGUUUUGGGAAAUGAUUGAAAGCUUGCUUUCUUAGAGCUUUCUGCUUCCCUACAAAGAGGCCGGUGUUGUGACUAAUUCCCACCUGGCAGGGCAGACAGAGACGGAAAAUGACACGAGCAUUGACAACAUUUCUAGUUCGGUAUCUUGCUCAUUCCAAGAGCCAGAGUUUGCAAACUCUAGUGUCGGAGGCUGUUUUCCCAUACUAAUACUAUUUUUCUAAUGAAGGAUAGGGGAACUGGAUUUCCCUUUGGGGUCCACGUUUCUCCCCUGCAUCUGCAGCACUCAGCCCAGAGGUCUGCAAGUUCUCCGGGUGUCCCCGGAACGAGGCCCGCUGCGGAUCAGGCCCUCUCCCCGAGUGUGGCAUCUGUAACUGGGCGUUGCAGAGCACCUCUGAGAAAACACGUGCCACAUCACCACCAAGUACAUGUUUUGUUUUGUUUUUAAUCUUCACCCAAGGAUAUGUUUAUUGAUUUGAGAGGGAGGGAGAGAGAAACGUUGAUCAGUUGGCUCCCGUAUGCACCUUCUGGUGUACGGGAAGUGCUCCAACCCACUGAGCAACCCAGCCAGGGUUAAAUAAGCAUUCUCGUAAUGGAUUGGAGCAUCAGUUUGUACUGAACCACGAGAAACCUUUGACCACAGCCGGGACAUGCCCCUUUUUGUCAUGCUGUUGGAUCCACUUACUGACCUGCCCCCAACCAGCCACAGCCACUGUCCUGUCCAGCACCCUCGGGGAAACAGAACAGAUCGCCUUGGAGUGGCCUUAGUUUUCCACCAACUUGUCGUAUGUACUACGGCUGAGAUGUCCUUCUGGGGAAGCAGAAAGUCUCUUCUCUUUCAAUCACAUACGGCACAGGAGCCAACACAACUGCUGCUAUUUAGUGAGACCGGCCAGAGCCGUGGGCUCCUGCCCCGGGGACAGGGCCCGGCACUGCCCUGCACCCCGCCAGUGCCUGAGGGGCGCAGAGGGUGCGCAGCGCCAGCUCUGGUCUGGGGAUCAGUCGCUAUUCUUAGGUAGCAAGUGUUCGUGGUUAUCUAAUCGUGUGGUAAGCACAUUCAGAAUGGUUUUCUGAAAGAUUAAGGGAAAUGAAUGGAAAGAUAUAUGAAAUGGGCUCAAGUGAGUUAUUCAAACCUUUAUAUUCUCAUCCUUGUACGCUACCAUGAAGGUAUUUUUUAGACCUUAAAUCUUCUACAUCGUGGUUUUAUAAGCACACCAAGGAAGCCUGAUGGAAGUUCUUGCUUUGUACUAUUGAAAUGGGCACUUUAGCUAAAUGUGAAGGACAUUACUUUAACAAAUAACUGACUCUAAUAAAGUAUUUUAUUAUAUUAAA